ACAGAAAGAAAGGAAUAUUUUGUCGUCUAUCGAGCGAUUAUGUUUCUAUAUUGUUUGAUUUGGGCAAUUUAUGACACCAACUUUUGCGUUAGUUCAUAUCCUGGGUACUAUAUUACCCAUCUUUCGAGCUGGGGAGAGUGGACCCUCGUUGUUCACUUCGGAUUGGCAUUAGCCGUCUCGAUGUUUGGACUAAUUCAAGAUUCCGAUUUUUGUUUUAAAAACAACCUCGAACGAACAAUCUGUUGUGGUAAUGGGAACACUUGUCAAAUAAAUGAUAUUAAAUGGUUCCACAAUUUAUGCUGGGUGGUAAUGACAGCAGCGUCCGGAGUUUCUUAUAUUGUGACCAUAUCAUAUUGGUGCUUCUCCGAUAACAGGAUGUACUCAAUCGCUGUGAAUACUCACCGACAUAUCAUGAAUUCUGUGUUGAUGACAAUGGAUCACCUACUAAGCAGAGUGCCUACUCGAUAUCUUCAUUUUGUUUAUGUUUCUUUGUAUGGGGCAGUGUAUACUUUGUUUACAGUGAUACUACACCUAAUUGGCAUUCGUCCUAUGAAAUACUCAGGCACACUAGACUGGACAAAGAGUCCUGAAAUUUUCAUAGUAGUUUCAUUAGGUUUGGUCACGGUAGGGGCUUGCGUGAUUCACUUUAUCACCUUUACCAUUUUUAAACUAAGAGAUUUGACUCAUUAUAGACUUCGCACGUCUCAGACUAAGAAUGCGUUAUUUAGCGACACGUCUAGCCAUUCGAAUAAAGAUAUUAAUGCUAACGAAAGAUCACGAAUAUUGCAAUAAUUGCCAAACAAACCCCAAUCUAUCAACAAUGUAAUAGAAUAUGGUUCAGUUUACCCAUCAAAAUGAUAAUUUAAAAGGACCUCCAGUAGUAUGCGCAUCGAUAUGGCGCACAACCUGAACUUAGUAUGUGUGUACCGGUUAGGAUUCAGGAUGUGCGACAUCUUGGUGCGCAAACAUCUGGAGCACCAUUUCAAAUUAAUGAUUAUUACUUUUGUUGUGCAUUUACGUUAUAGCUUGUUGUUUUCACACUGACUAGAUUUGUGAUUAUGAUUUCAUAAUUGCUCCUUGAUUUUACCGUAAAUAUAUACGUUUUGCUUCUCCGCGCGCUCAUUGUAUUUUGGAUUAUACCAUACCACAUAAAGCUGUGUUUAACUGGCGUCUUGCUUUGCUGUACAAUGAACUGUAAUAUAUUUGUUUAUUAGUUAUAUGGCAAUACGCAAGACAUCACAGCCUUGGCUUGGAGGAUGAAGUUUUAAAAUUUGCAAGAAAUUACGUCUUAUAAUAAUCUUUAAGAUAUUCGGUGGAAAUGUACUAAUGUAUCUAGGCUUGCACGUAAUUUACG